GCGCCGUUAAUGAGAAAACGGACUGUCGCCGAGCACGCAAGAGCAGACAGCAAAAAGGAGAGAGGAGGAAAAAACGGAGAAAUGAUCUAAACCGUAAAAAAAAGAGUAGAAAGGGGAGGUGGACAACGACGAAAAUCGUCACAUAUAUUCACUGGAAGGAUUACAAUUGCCCGAUAGUGGUGAAUAAAAUCAAACGGAGUUUUUUGAUGCUGUCCUCACGGAGAAUUGAGCUAACGGGCUUGCUGGUCUUCUGAACGAUGCAUAGGCUUCUGCUCCUGAGUUUGGCGUUGAGUUUUCACCGUGUGUGGACAGCGCGUUUCUCCCAGGAGCCAGCGGACCAGUCGGUUGUGCGGGGCCAGAGGGUGAUUCUGUCCUGUGUUGUGUUUAACUACUCAGGCAUUGUGCAGUGGACCAAGGAUGGACUGGCCCUGGGCAUCGGAGAGGACCUCAGGGCCUGGCCGAGGUACCGUGUGAUGCGGGUGCAGGAGCUUGGCCAGUAUAACCUGGAGAUUAUCUCAGCGGAGCUGUCUGAUGACUCCCUGUACGAGUGUCAGGCCCCAGACGCUGCGCUACGUUCUAGAAGAGCCAAACUCACUGUCCUCAUCCCUCCAGAUGACCCAGUGAUCGACGGGGCCCCUGAGGUGCUGUUGAAUGCAGGCGACCACUAUAACCUGAGUUGUGUGUCCCGUGGGGCCAAGCCCCCUGCCAUGAUAGAGUGGCAAAAAGACGGGCUCCCCGUAGACGGAGCAGUCAGCACCACCGAGGUGCUCCCAGACAGGAAGAGGGUGACGACCCACAGCUUCCUGCCCAUCCACCCAGUGGACACAGACACAGGGAGGAACUACAGCUGUGUGGCCAGCAACCUGGCUAUCCCCACUGGGAAACACACCACCGUCACCCUCAACGUACACCACCCCCCCAUGGUGACCCUGUCCAUCGAGCCCCGCUCCGUCUUAGAGGGGGACAGAGUCACCUUCACCUGCGCCGCCUCCGCCAACCCUCCUAUCAUGGGAUACAUGUGGGCUAAGGGUGGAGUGAUCCUGCAGGGGGCCAGAGAGAGUGUGUUCACCACCAAGGCGGACCACUCCUUCUUCACGGAGCCUGUGUCCUGCUCAGUGUUCAAUGCUGUGGGUAAAACCAACGUCAGCAUCCUGGUCGAUGUGCACUUUGGUCCUAUCCUGGUAGUAGAGCCUAGGCCAGUGACCGUGGACAUAGACUCUGAUGUCACUCUGAACUGCAAAUGGGCUGGCAACCCUCCUCUCACCCUCACCUGGACGAAGAAGGGCUCCAACAUGGUCCUUAGUAAUAACAACCAGCUGUUCCUGAAGUCAGUGAGCCAGGCGGACGCUGGGCAGUACGUGUGUAAGGCCAUCGUCCCCAGGAUCGGAGUGGGAGAGACAGAGGUCACUCUCACUGUCAACGGUCCCCCCAUCAUCUCCAGUGAGCCUGUACAGUAUGCAGUGAGGGGGGAGAGAGGAGAGGUCAAGUGCUACAUCGCCAGCACACCUCCACCGGACAAGAUUGUGUGGGCGUGGAAGGAGAACGUGUGGGAGAAGGAGAAGGGGACUCUGUUGGAGAGGUACACGGUGGAGCAGAGUAAACCUCUGUCUGAGGGAGGGGCUGUCCUCUCCACCCUCACCAUCAACAACGUCAUGGAGGCUGACUUCUUGUCCACCUACAACUGUACCGCCUGGAACUCUUUCGGACCCGGGACCAUGAUCAUCACCCUAGAAGAGACCGAGGAGGUACCAGUGGGUAUAAUAGCAGGAGGGACUGUUGGCUGCACCAUCCUGCUGUUCCUGUGUUUACUAGUCCUGGUGCUCAUCUUCUACCGGCAGCGCAAAGGCAGUCGUCGUGGGGUCACGCUGGGUAAGCCAGACAUCAAGGUAGAGACAAUAAACAAGGAGACCCACAGUCUGGAGGAGGACUCCGGCAGCGUUUCCACGGCAUCACGCAUGGUCAAGGCCAUGUACUCGCCCUUUAAAGACGAUAUAGAACUCAAGCAGGACCUGCGUAGCGAUACGCUAGACACUCGCCAGGAGUACGACCUGAAGGACCCCACCAACGGCUACUACAACGUGCGAGCCUCCACCCUUGACGAGGGUCGCCCCGCCUCCCGCUCCAUGCACUACUCCGACUACCGGCCCUCUAACACCCCAGGGGGAGCUGCCUCUGUCAGCAGCAGUGCUGGAGGAUCAGGGGCCACAGCCAGCGGAGGAGGCCCUCCGGGCCCAGGGACCCUCUCCACCCCCGGUCGCCCCAGUUGCUACGACCCCCGGCCCCCCUCCAGACUCUCCCACAACAGCUACGCCCAGUUCAACACCUUCACCCGGGCUGGGCAGAGCCAGCAGCCCCCUCCCAACCCCCCGCCGCAGACCAGCGACUUCCCUGGGGACUGCAGCCUGUUGGACUCCCCUCAGCUGGCCUAUGACAACUACGGCUAUCCCUCUCACCCCUAUACCCCCUACCGCAUGGGCUUUGCCCCGCCCAGUCUGGCUCCAUUGGAAACCGGGCCUUCCUAUGAGAUGUACGGGGUGGGGUCGGGGGUGGGGCCUGUGCCAGGGGUGGGGCCUGGUGUGGGGGUGGGGCCGGGGGCCACUCCAUCAGGGUCAGAGACUGGACUGGGGAAGUAUGGAAGCUCCACCCGCUUCUCCUAUACCUCACAGCACUCUGACUACGGCCACAGAGGACACACACAGAGGAUGCAGACACAUGUGUGAGAUGGAUAGCUGACAUACAGUGCACAGUCACAUAGACGGUGAGGGUGCAUUCUCAUACACACUGUCACUCAGACACACACAGAGGCCGCACACACGCAUUCACAUUCUCAAACAUACGCACAUAUACUGUACACGUGAGCAUACACACGCAGAUAUACACACAGACACACACAGACACACACACACACAGAGGAGUUAGAAUUUCCCCACGAGACAGGGAGGGUGUGAGAAAGAGAGAGUCCAUAUCAGUGGAUAACGAGUGAAUUCCUGGUAAUCUAGAAUUCCCACAAUCCCAGUGUUCAGUUCUUCACUCUGAAAGAGCGGAAAGCAAAAGUCCAAUCAAGACCAGAGAAGACGGGACUAGAGAGAACAAAAGAUCUUUAGAUGUUAAUUAUCGAAAUAAAUAGCAUGUGUGCUAUGAAUUUAGAUUGUUGUGAAUGACGAGAGGGAGCGCUACAGGCAAUUUAUUCCAUAUUCGAUUGCCAAAUAUUACAGUAAGGCAUAUCAUGGAGAAAUUGACCGUCAAGUAUGGUACUCAUUCGAAGGGCGGGAGAAACCUCAACCAGUGGAGGGUCAUGACUGGCCGCCAUUUUGUUUUAGCUGGUUGUUGUUUUAUACAGUGAUUUUAGAGCACAUAUAUAUCCCACAUUGCUCCACUUCAUUGGCGCCAUUGGUGCUGGUUAGUGGGGUCAUCGUAUGUUUUGCACUGCAUUACAAACAGUAUUCAUUGCUUAGAAAUCCAUCAUCUACAUAUAUCUGUAUUAUAUGAGUCUGUUUUUAUUUGCACACCAACAAACUAGAGCUUUCUAUUCUAUUUUUUAACAUUUUACAGAAUUAUUUUGGUCAUAUUUCUGUGAAGGAAGUGUCUGUGGACCAAGAUGUUCAAACUUGAGAGUGUUUAGUCUUUGUUUGGGUGAUAUUCACCUCAACAAACAAAGAGAAACACGAAGAAGUAUUUGAGUACCUGUUUUUGUCAGCCAUGAUGACUGGCAAGAGUCAGGAAGGGGAGGGUAUACAAGAACCUUUUUUCCAAGUGUCCAUGUUUGCUCUUUAUUUGAUGUAAAUCUGGGGUUACAAGCAUUUAAAUGCAGUAGAUACCAUGCAGGAAGUCCUUCUAUGGGAAGGUGUUGUGUUCAGGCCUUGAGGCAGUCCGGGCGUAUGGAACUACAGUAUAAGCCUGCUAGCCUGGCAUUCAAACUGAAUUUUCUACGUUUCACCAUUUAUACGAACUACAUAUUUUAUAUGGUGAAACAUAGUGGAUUCCGCUUGGAUCCAGGCUAUAAACCUUAGCUUGGUGCCCCCUGCUGAAAUAGAGAGAGGUGACGUGGUAGCCUGGUUGCAGAUCUGGUUAUGCUGUCUUGCCCACUCCUACGGUCAUUGUCACGCUUGCGAACAAACAGCACCUGGGACCAGGCUAGUGAGAUGCUGUGUAUAAGAGUGGCCUUAGGGAACAUGCGGUAAUGCUUUCAUCAUUCAUUCCUCCUCACACACAAUCAGCCAUGAGGGCCAGAGGAGAAUGUGUGUGGAGAGGUUCAAUGAAGGUUUGUCUACGCUAUUGAUAUACGGAUAGCGGAGUGUGAUUGUGCGAAUGUUUGUGCGUGAAAGAGAGAGUGUGUGUAUGCACAUCUAUUUGUACAGUGUUUGUAUAGGUGUGUGUGUGUGUGUGUGUGUGUGUGUGUGUGUGUGUGUGUGUGUGUGUGUGUGUGUGUGUGUGUGUGUGUGUGUGUGUGUGUGUGUGUGUGUGUGUGUGUGUGUGUAUGUAAUGCAUAAACAUACAGUUCUCUACCUGCGUGUGAAUGUGACUAUUGUAUGCAUGUCAGUGUGUACAGUAUGUGUGUGUGCAUGUCUGUAUGUGUUCAUGUGUGUGAGUGCGUUUCAGUAAUAUGUCCAUAUCAUUUCUCUUCACGAUCCUGUUCCAAUACUUUUAUACCUCUGGUAGGACUGUAUCCUGUAUUAUUGUGUCUUUGAAUUUAGAAAUACAAUGUUUAUCUUAUUGUACUGUUCUACGUAGCAGAAAAAAAAACUGUUCAAAAGAUGUACAACAGAAAGUGAUCAAAUUUUCAUUUUUUAAUUUCAUUAUCUCCAAUAUUUUUAAAAAAUGGUAUGUAAUUAUUUUUCCACAGUAUAACAGAAAUAAAAAGCACUGUUUUUUAUAAAAUAAA